AUGUGUAUGCGCCUUGUGGGCACGAUGGGCUAUCCUUGUGCAGGCCUGCCAGCUUGCAAGCUGCAGCUCCGGCAAGACUCGCAGAACCAGGACCUGUUCUUCUUUGAGCCCAUGGACACUGUCAGCGCUGCAGCUGCCGCAAGUGCUGGCGUGAGCAGCAUGUUCUUCCUGGACCCCGAGGGCAGGCAGAUAGCUGAGCUGAAGAAGUGGCUGGACCUUGCCGAGGAUGAGUACUGUAUGGGGAGACCCAUCCGGCCGCUGUUCAUCAACGGUCUGGUCAAGACUGGCAAGUCCUACAUGCUCAAGGAGGUUCUGCCUGCUGUGGCCAACACCUACUACAGCAGCGGUGGCAGUGGCCGGCAGCAUGCUGGCACGGUGCUUUCAGAGCCCAACUUCCUGCACGUGAACUGCUUGGUCUGCCGUCGCGGCAGUGGCAUCAGUGGCUUCCUUAAGGAAAUCCUCGUUGUACUCAAGCGGAGCGCCGCCAAACAGCAGCUCUCUGCUGCCGCCAGCACGCCUGCACCCAGUGACAACUCGGCUGUCACCGCAGCGGGCGCCAUUCAGGACUUCAUGGAGCGCCUGCCACGGGACCGCCUGAACUUCCUGCUGAUUGACGAGGCGCAGAGCUUUUACCUGCUUACACGGGCCAUGCCGGGCGACUUUUCGCCGCGCGGCACAACACUGGACGUGGAGGAAGUGCAGCUCAUGCGGUGCAUCUUCAAGGAACUCCUGCUGGACAGCCCCCACUGGGUCGCCUGGGCCGUCACGGGCAGUUCCAUGGCGACGCUAUGGGCCAAUGUUGCAGUCACCCCGACCAACGGUGUUGCCCUAAUCACGUACCACUCCCAACUCAACCUGAGCCCCAUGGUGUCCAAGGACGUGCUGGAAGUCGCCUGGGAGCAGCUAAAGGCCCAGGCCGCGAGCUGGGAUCCGCCACUGCCAAGCGACCUGCUCUGGCAGUCACCACAGCAGAUCGCCAUGCUUGCGUACUUGUGCCAGGAGUGGAGGGGGCGGUUAGGGACGGCUAUCACAGCUGCGGAGCUGGUCAAGCAAACCCUGAGAGGAAAGCUCAUUCCCGAGGUCCGGGACCACCGCUGCAACAGCCGCGGCAGCAAGACCAAUUUUGAGCGGGACAACAGGGCUCAGACUGACGUCAAGGUUGGGCUUCGCUGGUUCCACAGGUUGCUGCGCAACAUCCUCUGUCACGCCCCCAUCCUGGAUCAUCAGAAGUUCCUGGAUGCCUACCCGCCAGAGAUGGCUGCAUUUCAUAGCAGUGGUCGCAUCAGCAAGGUGCUGACCGCGACCUACGAAAGCCCGAAGCCCAGGCGCAGCGGCGCCGCAGCAGCGGCGCCCAGUGUGGAGGCAGCAGCAGCACCCAGCACGGCGGCAGCAGCGGUGCCCAGCAUGGCAGCAGCAGCGGCGCCCGGUGUGGCGGCAGCAGUGAUGGUGGUGGCGGUGGGGCGGGUGGUGAUGAACAGCACAACGCCCACCGCAACCGGACAUAAGGACACCGCCCGCCACUACCAGCGAAGCGUCCGCGGAGCAGAGGUGGCUGGCGGUUUGACGGACGGCGAGCGGCCACGGAAGCGAGCUCGCGGGCCACCCACGGCAGGCGUCGUGGAAUCCGGCGGCAGCGGCGGCGGCGGCGGCGGCGCGACGGACGCCUACCACCCGCAGCAGCUCGUCAAGGGCAUGUACGACAAGUACCUGGGGGGGUGGCUAUCCGUGUGGCCUCGCGAUCGUUUUCUCUUUAUGCGCACUGAGGACUACAAGUCGGCCCCCGUGGAGCACUUGACCGCGGCUAUCAAGUUCCUUGCGGGCCCCGUGUUCACCUCAUGCGACACAGGAGGAUUCUGCCAAUCGCCCAACACGUCCACAUCCAGCCUUGGCUCAGCACAUAAGCACUAGGUCGGGCCUACAUGCUGCUCCUUCCUUGGCCAUAAUAAACACCAAGCCAGGGGUUUGCGCCACAGCACUUGGGCUCCUACAUGUGCGAGUGUGAACCUCACAGGGCUCCGCCAGUGAUACUCAGGCCAGCAAUAUCCGCCCAGCAUCCCUCAACCGUAUCAACUUCAGGCAGAUUAUACAUUAACCACAGAAGGAGCGAAGGAGCGAGCUUCAUGGCUGUGAGCUUGGUUUGCUUGGUUUGCUUGGGUCGUCUGGGCUUCAUGGUCAACGCAUUGUCACGUAGCGUGCCAGGAUGUCCAGCAAACAACAGUUACAAUAAAAGGAAGCUAUAACUAUAUGAAAAAUUCAGUUCU